AUGAUAAAUAAUAGAGUGUAUUAUAGUAAUUUAAAACUUGUAGUAAAUAAGGGAGAAGAAAAGGAAGAAAUAGAAAAUGCGAAUAAUGUAAUUUAUGUGGGUAAUAUAGAUAAAUAUAUAGAAGAUAAUGAUAUUUUAGGAAUAUUGCAAAUAUUUGGUGAUGUGUAUAAGUGGCACAGACAACGUAAUCCUUCAACAAACGAAUUAAUGCCAUUUGGUUUUUGUGAAUAUAAUGAUAUAUAUGGUGUUUACUUAUGUAUACAAAUUUUAGAUAAUAUAAAAUUAGCUAAUAAGAAUUUAAAAGUAAAUUGCAAUGAUAAUUUAAAAAAAAAAUUCGAAGGAAUUGUUGACAUACUAUAUGAAAAAAAACAAAAAACAAUAGAAAAAGAAAACGAGCUAUUAAAUGAUAAAGAUAUGAAAAAUCAAAUAUUAAAUGAUAUAAAAAAUGAUAUUAAUAGUAAAAAAAAUGAUGUUUUAGCAUAUAUUCAAAACAUUAAUAAUGAAUACGAAGAAAAAAAAAGAAAAGAUGAAGUAGCACAAAAUAAUACAGGAGAAGAUGAAAAAAAUUUAAGUAAAGAAGAAAAAGAUAAAAGAGAAAAAAUACAAGAAGAAGAAAAUUUGAAUAUGAACAAUAUUAAAUUAAACCAUGAACAAGAUAACAUAAAUUAUAUAAAUAGUAUUUCACCUUUGAAUAAUGAUGAAUUGAAUAUAAAUGAGAAAAAAAAAAUAAGUAAAAUGGAAAAUGAUGAAAAUUGCGAUAUUUUAGGAAUUGAAAAAAAAAAUGGCUUAUUAACAGAUAAUUCAAAUAAUCAACAAUUGAAUAAUAAAAAUAUGUUUAAAAGUAAUUCUUCUCAGCAUAAUAAUGAAGGAUUAUUAAAAGAAAAAGAGGAAGUUAAAUAUUUAAGUAAGGAUUAUAAAGUGCAUUGGAGGGAAAGAGAAAGAAUUCAAAAAAUAGAAAAUAAAGAAAAAGACUUAGAAAAAGAUUUUUAUAAAAGAGAAAAGGAAUGGUUGGAGUUAGAAGAACAAAUUAAAAAAGAUACAUACAAGGAAUGGAAUAAAUUAAUGUUAAUAAAAAAAAAAGAUAUUGCUAGACUUAUAGAAUUAGAUUUAAAAGGGGAAUAUGAAAAUUCAAAUAUAUCAAAUUCCAAAAAAAGAGAGAUAAGAAAUUCAAAAAGAGAAAAAGAAAAAGAAUUAGAUGAAUUGGAUAGACUAAAUGAAUUAAAAGAAAUAGAAGAAAUGAAAGAAAAAUUAAAAAAUAAAGAAAAACUUAUUAAUGAUAAUAUUCAAAAUGAUAUAGAGCAAAAAGAUGUAAUAAAUAAAGAACCAGAAAUAGUAGAGGAGUGUAAAAAGGAAGAAAAUAACAGUACAAAAGAGAAUUUAAAUGUUGAAGAACCAAAAGAUAGAGAUGAAAAAAUACCUCUUGAAAAUAAUCAAAAUAGAAAUAAUACAAUAGCAGAACAUUCAAAGAACAACAUUGCAUUUGAUUUUUCUUGUGUUUCUGACAAAAAUAAUGAAAUAAAAUGUGAAAAAGAAAAUGUUGAACAUGAUGAAGAUCUAAAAAAGAAAGACAAAAUUUUUGAAAAUAAAGAAGAUUAUUUAAUGAAUGAAUAUAAUGAGAACGAAAACAUAAAGAAGGAAAAAGAAAAUAAUUUCAACAAUAUGAAUCAUAAUAAUAACAUAGGCAUUGACACAUAUUACACUAAAAAUUACGUAGAAAAUCAAAAUAAUGAAAAUAUUUUAACUUAUCAAGAAAACAAUUUUGAUAUAACUUAUAAAUCCGAAAAUAAAGAAAGUGAGGUUUUAAAUAAAACGUUUAAUGAAAAUGAUACAAAUGAAAAUAAUAUGAAUGAAAAGAAGGCAAAUGAAAUUAGUGUGAAUGAAAAUAGCAUAAAUGAAAACAAUACUAAUAAAAGAAAAAUGAUAUGUUCUGAACAUAUAAAUAUAAAAGUAAAUGAUAAAAAAAAAAAGACAGAUUCUGAAAAUUUAAAUAAGAUAAAUAAUCCUGUAUUAAUGAAUGUGUUUAAUACUAACGACGAAGAUGAACUUUUUACCAAAAAGCAUCAACCGUUAUCUAAAUUGGAUAAGCAUUUAGAUAAAAAAAAUCAAGAAGAAGAAAAAAUUAAGGCAAUAGAGAUAAUUGAAAAUUCAAAAAAAAUAUUAGAAAAAGUACCUUCAACAGAAGAAGAAAUUUUUAAUUUUCAUAUUGAAUGGAACGUAUUAAAUCUAAAAGAUAAUAUAGGUGUAAAAUUAAAACCAUGGAUAUAUAAAAAAAUAACUGAAUAUAUAGGAAAAGAUGAAAAGGAAAUUAUUGAAGAAAUUAGCAAUUAUUUUGUUCAACAGAUUUUAAAAGAAACAUCACCAAAAGAUAUGCUAGUUGAAGCAGAAAAAUUUUUAGAUUCUGACGGAAAGAAAUUUAUUUUAAAUAUGUAUAGGCUUAUUAUAUUUGAACAACUUAAAAUAAAAAAUAGCUUAUAA